AUGAACACCACCAACAUGACACAAUGCCAGCCAGAGGGGAUCCACUUUGCCCUGCCAGUAAUUUUGGGCAUCGUCUCAGUGGGCGGGUUGGUCUUCAACAGCAUCAGCCUCUGGAUCUUCUGGUUUGCCAUCAAGCGCUGGAAUUCUGGCAUCAUGCUUCAGUUCAACCUAGCCUUGGUAGACAUCAUUGUCCUUCCGGUCAUGCCAUUGAUGGUGGCCUAUUUAAGCUUGGGAAACCACUGGCCCUUUGGGCAGUUUGUCUGCCAGCUUCAAGUUUUCCUGCUCAGCACUCACCUGUAUGGAAGCAUCUACUUCCUCAUGCUCAUCAGCAUCCACAGGUACCAAGCCAUUGUCCACUACAAUGCCAAGACCCUCUGGAGGAAGAAGUCUGCCUUGAAAAAGCUGGUCUUGGUCUUCUGGGCUUUCCUCUUCCUGCAGGGACUUCCACUCUUCUUCUUCCUCAAGACUUCAGUCAUCGGCAACUCGGUCAAGUGCCUGAGCAUCUACCAGUCAGAGCUGACCUAUCUCUAUCUAGCCUAUGGUAUCUUCCUGGGGAUCUUCUGCUUCCUCAUUCCCUUUGCUAUUUCUUUGGCAUCCUACGUGAUGUUGUGGGCCUACAUUGCUAAAAUCAGUCAAGCCAAUCUCCGAGGCCAAGUAAUGAAGACCAAGUCGAAGCAGAUGAUCACCAUUGCCCUGGUCAUCUUUGCCACCUGCUUCACACCCCUCCACAUCUGUGGGUCCAUGGCUUCCAUUGUGAGAUAUUAUGGUGUGUCCUGCAAGGUUCUGUACCACAUAGAAGUCACCUAUUACAUUUCUUUGGUCUUCAGCAUGGUCAACUGUUGCCUGGAUCCCUUCAUCUACAACUUUGCCAACGAGAAAUUUCACAGGCUCUUUUCCAAUUCCCUAAGAGGAUUAUUGGUGUCCAAGUGA